AAGUAAGGGAGAACACUGACAAUUGUGAGACCUUGGGAAAAACAGCAGUGAGGAAAAUGAAGCUCCCGAUUUUCAUCACAGAUGCGUUCACAGCAAGGGCAUUUCGUGGGAACCCCGCAGCCGUCUGCCUCCUGGAGAAUGAAUUGGAGAACGACACCUAUCAAAAUAUUGCCAAGGAAAUGAACCUCUCUGAAACUGCUUUUAUCCGAAAAUUGAGCCCAACAGACAACUUCACACAAAGUUCCUGCUUUGGACUCAGGUGGUUUACACCAGCGAGUGAAGUCCCGCUCUGUGGCCAUGCUACUCUUGCUUCUGCUGCUGUACUGUUUUACAAAAUAAAAAAUACGAGUAGCACUCUAACCUUUAACACACUGAGUGGGGAACUAAAGGCCAGAAGAGCUGAGGAUGGCAUUAUCUUGGACUUGCCUCUCUACCCAACCUACCCCCAGGACUUCCGUGAAGUAGAGAACUUGAUAAAGAUGGCGAUAGGUGACACUCUGGUCCAAGAUAUCCACUACUCUCCAGACACAUGCAAACUCCUUGUCCGGCUUAGUGAUUCUUACAAAAGGUCAUUUCUAGAGACUCUGAAGGUGAACACAGAGAAUCUGCCUCAAAUUGAAAAUACAGGAAAGGUGAAAGGACUCAUUCUCACUCUUAAAGGAGAGCCUGGAGGGCAGACCCAAACAUUUGACUUCUACUCCAGAUAUUUUGCUCCAUGGGUGGGUGUGGCCGAGGACCCUGUAACAGGAUCUGCACACACUGUUCUCAGCAGCUACUGGUCCCAGCAGCUUGGGAAGAAAGAAAUGCGUGCUUUUCAGUGUUCCUGCCGCGGAGGAGAACUAGACAUUGCUCUGCGAUCUGAUGGGCGAGUGGACGUGAAGGGUGCUGCUACAGUGGUGUUAGAAGGAACGCUGAUGGCCUAGACAGGCUAUGUGAGGAUGCUGCUGACUUUGUGGGCAAAGCCUUUUCUUCAUGAGAAGAAAUGUAAGAGGCUGCCUUUAGCAAGCUUGCAGAGUAGUCCACUCAAUCCUCAUGUGAGAAAUAGAAAAAGAAAGACAUAUCCAUAGAAAUUUAGUAAUGCUUCUGGAAUAAUUAACUAAAGGAAUUUAAAAAAUCCUAUUUGAGAUGGUAGCAACUGUAAAUACAGAAUAAUGUUAUCUCUUUUGAUUAUAAUACUGAAGAAUGAAUGGGGUGGGUAUAGUGGAAGGAGUAAGAAGCCAUGUAAAUUUGGGUAUGAAUGCCUCUUAGAAUAUUUGUGGGCCUUUGAAAAAGUAUGAGAAAACAGAGAAAGCUAUUUUAUGAUUUAAAAAAAGAAAAAAAAAAGUGCAAACCAGGUCACCAAUGGCUCGUACCUAUAAUCCUAUCUACUUAAGAGGCUGAGGUUGGAGGAUGAAAGUUCAAAUGAGACUCUUAUCUCCAAUUAACCAUCAAAAACCAGAAAUCAAGUUAUGGCUCAAGCUAUGGCUGGUAGAGUACCUGCUUUGAGUGAAAAAGCUAAGGGACAGUACCCAGGCUCCAAGUUCAAUCCCUAGUACCAGCAUGAAAAAAAGCUAUGUUUGUAUGUAAGCUACUUAUAUGAUAGUAAAAUUAAGUGCUGAAAGUAA